CACCAACCAACAGGAGAAGGAGUAGGGUGGUGCUAAGGGAGCCACUCCCUCCAAGAGGCAGGGCUACGGGGUCUCUUCUAAACAGGUUUCAGACCUUCGAGAUCCUGGAGGCUUUGGUUUAGGAAGGCAUUAUGCAAAAAUCCCCCAAGCUUGCUCAGCAGAUCUGAAAUGAGCAUUUAUUAAAGUCAGCUUUCUCCCAGAAGGGUCAUCUUCUUCGGAUCCCCAGCAUGUGACUGGAAGUCCAGACUGAAGCUUCAUUCCUCUGCAGCCGGAAGGAUUCACACAGGGGCUUCGGUACUCUAUUGUAUUUGUGUUUAGAGAGCUCAGGAAGCCUUUCAUAGAGACAUUUGGAGCUGGGAUUCCAUUAUCUCCCUCUCUUUCAAAGGAGCUAGCUGUGGAAAGCAAAUCCUUUAGAAUUCAGCACUGGAGACACAAGGAGAAUUCUCUAAAGGAUGGUCUCCCACUCGGAGCUGAGGGAAAUUUUCUGCUCUGCCGAUGCUGUCUGUUUUGACGUUGACAGCACGGUCAUCAGAGAAGAAGGAAUUGACGAGCUGGCCAAGUUCUGCGGUGUUGGGGAUGCUGUGUCAGAAAUGACCCGAAGAGCCAUGGGCGGGGCGGUGACGUUCAAGUCAGCCUUAACAGAGCGAUUAGCACUGAUCCAGCCGUCCAGAGAACAGGUGCAGAAACUCCUGUCAGACCACCCACCACACCUCACUCCUGGGAUCAGGGAGCUGGUGAGUCGCUUACAGCAGCGGAAUGUUCAGGUCUUCCUAAUAUCUGGCGGGUUCAGGAGCAUCGUAGAACACGUCGCUUCAAAGCUCAAUAUUCCCACCACCAAUGUCUUUGCCAAUAGGCUAAAGUUCUAUUUCAAUGGUGAAUAUGCUGGCUUUGACGAGAGCCAACCAACGGCUGAGUCUGGUGGGAAGGGCAAGGUGAUUGGACUCCUGAAGGAACGGUUUCAUUUUGAGAAAAUUGUCAUGAUUGGAGAUGGAGCCACCGACAUGGAAGCUUGUCCUCCUGCUGAUAUUUUCAUAGGCUUCGGGGGAAAUGUGAUCAGGCAACAAGUGAAGGACAAGGCCAAGUGGUAUAUCACUGACUUUGGGGAGCUUCUUCAAGAACUGGAAAAGUGACGUCUGAUUUAAAAUAGAUGAAAUAAAUAGGCACAUAUGUUUUAUUAGCAUUUCCAGAUUAAUUAAAGAGAACAUUUAUGCGGCUC